AUGGUUCCUGGGAAAAGGUCUGUGAGGGCCUCUGAUGGGGGCGACACUUCGUCAAGCCUGCCCGCAAAGAAGCUUAUUGGCGAGUCCGACACCAGUGAACAGCGGCUACCCCGAAUGAUUCUUGGCUACCCGAAAGAGGGUCUCUUUCCGAGAAAGCUAGCAACCCGCGCAGCUCGCCUUGUCCCCGCGUGCGCUGCAUGUGCGGCAGCGCAAGUACAGGAGAGGCUGACAGACGAUUUCUGCUUUAUUUCCGAACGCAAAGAAGUCCUCCUGUUGCCGACCUUCUGCGCUCCCGGAACGGCAUUACUCGAAUUCAGCGCACAGGCAGGCCCCUGUCGAUUCUGCCGCUUCCUUCUCUGUUUUGACGCCUUUCCUCUCCUUUGCAUUUCUAAAGCUAAGCAUUUUGAAUGCUCCUCCACCUCUGCGCGCUCGUCGACCCGCCUCUCCCUAGGACGCAUUUUGCAUCCGCCUCCCUUCACAGGAACAGACAUUUACGAGCCAAUGCUGUUUAGAAGUCACGGCACGGGCCCUCCCCCUUCCGCGCCGUUUCCCAAGGCGCGCUUCUGCCUGCGCGUAGGAGACAAAGGCCCCCUCUUGCGUCUCUUCGCACACGCACUAAGUCGGCAUCCCUUUAACCAGCAAGUGUUCGUUGUGGCUUCGGAUGGCUCUAAAGACCCUCCUAAUAAAGCUGCAUCUUCGGCGUUGGAAGAGAUCAUUUCUAUUGUGGCAAAGAACAACUGCUCUCUUUGCCUAAGAAGCGUUCGUCUCGACGCCUUCCUUCAUCUGCCACUGCAGCAGCUGUUGCUCAAGCAGCUGCAGGGUUCUGCUCUCUCUUGGAGGGGCCCUGGCGGCUCAGCACCAUGCGCUGGGGGAGCAACAGUACCACCAUCCGGGUUAUCGCUGGCAGACAAACCUCACAGUGUCUGUCCGGUGAUGGGAGAUAGCGGAGGCGAUGGGAAUUCGGUAGCCUUGCAGAAUGAUGGGGUGAUGAUUCUCAAGCUGGACCGCUUCACCGCGCAGGUGCUCGAGCUCGACACGUGGAUGCGGCCUCCCCACUUCACGCGGAAAGCGCUGCCCCCGGGGGCUCGUUACCUCAAGGUGGACGUGCAGCAGCCUGCUGUUCUUCGCCAUCAGAGGCCACCAAGACAGCGCACCUUAAGCCGUGAGUCUCAGCAGCUUCCGUGGACAAUAAGUAGUCGCACCCCUUGCUGCCUCCCGCCGUCGCGCUUGUACGAGCAGCUGCAACGCAGCCUGGGAUCGCUUCAGCCUCUGGACCUGCUUAUCGCCGCAGCUCCUCCCCAAAGUGAGGCGGGAAACUUGGAGGCUCGGCGUAAGAUUGCGCAGCAAGUGCAGACGCUUCUCCGGGAAGGAGGAAGCCUCAAUGCGACGUGUCACCUCGUUCACCUGCAGUGCCGCUUGUCGGCGUACCGUGGAGGCGUUACGACUAUGACUCAGGAGGCGGCUGAGGCUGCUGCCGAAGCGGCGGCUACUGCUGCUGCUGCUGCUGCAGAGACAGCAGGACGGGAGGAGGAGUUCCUAUUGACUCCUGACCUUCCCGUGUCUCACAUGCCGCGCCGCCUCCUACUGCCGGACUGGGGGGAGUUGUUUGCUGCUGCUGCUGCUGCUGCGACCUCAAAACCCCCUGCACCGCACCAAAGCGAAGAAGGUGUAGCAAAAAUCGUGGUCCGAAAAAGAAUGCACAGAAGAGCAGAGUGCAGAGCCAGGUCCUUGCGGGCUAGCCAAAGGGCAGCAAAAGCCGAUAGCGCCAGCGUGAGCUCAAGGCGAAGCAGCAGCAGCGAAUCGGGGGGUUCCCUCGGUGCCUCUCGUCAAAUGCCGCCGCUUCGCUCAGAUUACCUUCGAGCGCUUCAACUGCUGCAUGAAAGACAAAGGCAGGGGCGGGCGCGAAAGAUGCAGCAACGGGAUAAGGCGACACCGGCUGCCUUAGAGCAUGAAGAUCUCACUGAGGAAGCCUUGCAACUAGCGGCUCCUCCUCCCUUCAGGGAGUUGCCGCCUGCAGAGGCCUUGGUUUCCGCUGUUUCCGAGUAUCUAGGAUGUGUUGCAAUGGAUCUGCCAGCGAGCGUGGAGGAAUGCGCAUGGCUGCGGGAGGCCAAUCGACUGACGGAUCCUCAAGAAAUUCACGUGGCAAGUAUAUGUGGCGGUCUUCUUCACUCGACAGCUGUGAUGUCUGCCGCCGAGCCCUUGUGCACUUGGCUGCUUUCUCAGCGCCCAGGCGCAUGGGUAGCGAUCUCGGUGGUUGGCGCGGCCGAGACACCAGCAGCAUACAUAGGCCAGCCGCAUGGAAGCGAUAUCAGUGGCGAGUCGACUCUACAUUUGCUGCUAGUGGCUGAGGAAGCAGCAGAAAUUCGCGGAAUGUUUUUACAAACGAUCGCUGGCUCUGACGCUACAACCACUUUGCCGUGA